AUGUCUGGCACCGGCGAGCUUCCCAUUGAGCCUCACAAGACGUUCGACACCAUCCUGGUGUUGGACUUCGGCUCCCAAUACUCCCACCUGAUCACCCGCCGUCUGCGCGAGCUCAAUGUCUACUCUGAGAUGCUCCCGUGCACCCAGAAGAUCAAGGAUCUUACCUGGAAGCCCAAGGGUGUCAUUCUGUCGGGCUCGCCCUACUCGGUCUACGACAAGGACUCUCCCCACGCCGACCCUGCCGUUUUCGAGCUCGGCGUCCCGAUUCUGGGCAUUUGCUACGGUCUGCAAGAGCUCGCGUGGCACCACGACAACUCCAAUGUCCUGGCCGGCGAGAAGAAGGAGUACGGCCACGCGUACCUGAACGUCACGAAGCACGCGGGCAAGUCGGAGCACAUUGACAAGCUUUUCCAGGGUCUCGAGGAGAACCUGGAGGUGUGGAUGUCUCACGGCGACAAGCUUGGUCACCUUCCCACCGACUUCGUCAUCCUGGCCCAGACCAACAACGCUCCCUUUGCCGGUAUCGCGCACGAGACGAAGCAAUACUAUGGUAUCCAGUUCCACCCCGAGGUCACGCACACGCCGCGCGGCAAGGAGCUCAUCAGCAACUUCGCCGUCGGCAUUUGCCGUGCCGAGCAGAACUGGACUAUGGCCAAGUUCGUGGACCAGGAGAUUGCCCGCAUCAGGGCCCUGGUCGGUGAGAAGGGUCAGGUCAUUGGCGCUGUCAGCGGUGGUGUUGACUCUACCGUUGCUGCUAAGCUGAUGCAGGAGGCUAUCGGCGACCGCUUCCACGCUGUCCUUGUCGACAACGGUGUCCUCCGUCUCAACGAGGCCCAGAUCGUCAAGGAGACCCUGACGAAGCACUUGGGCAUCAACUUGCACGUCGUCGAUGCCAGCGAGCGCUUCCUGGGCAAGCUCAAGGGCAUCACGGAUGACCCGGAGAAGAAGCGCAAAGUCAUUGGCAACACCUUCAUCGAGGUGUUCCAGGAGAAGGCGAGGGAGAUCGCAGAUGCUGCGGCGCACACGGACAAGGCUGGCGAGAUUGAAUGGCUGCUCCAGGGCACCCUCUACCCCGAUGUCAUCGAGUCCAUCUCCUUCAAGGGCCCCAGCGCGACGAUCAAGACGCACCACAAUGUCGGUGGCCUGCUCGAGGGCAUGCACCUCAAGCUGAUCGAGCCUCUGCGCGAGCUCUUCAAGGACGAGGUCCGCGAGCUCGGUACCAACCUGGGCAUCCCCGAGGAGCUCGUCUGGCGCCACCCCUUCCCCGGCCCGGGUAUCGCCAUUCGCAUCCUGGGCGAGGUCACUCCUGAGCAGAUCAAGAUCGCUCGUCACGCCGACCACAUUUUCAUCGAGGAGAUCAAGGCUGCGGGUCUCUACCGGAACAUCAGCCAGGCCUUUGCUGCGCUGCUGCCGGUCAAGGCCGUGGGUGUCAUGGGCGACAAGCGUGUGCACGCCCAGGUCAUUGCCCUGCGUGCUGUUGAGACGACGGAUUUCAUGACUGCGGACUGGUACCCCUUCGACGGGCAGUUCUUGAAGAAGGUCAGCAGGAGGAUUGUGAACGAGGUUGACGGCGUGUGCCGUGUGGUUUACGACAUUACGAGCAAGCCCCCCGGAACGAUUGAGAUGGAGUAA